AUGGCUGCCGCUUCAGCCACAUUCAUCGCAGCCACCUUAUCCUCACUCUCCGUCAACCCCCUCCGCCCCCAACUGUCUCCUCCCACCUCCCACCGUCUCCACACCUCCACCUCGAAACCCCCUUUCUCUAUCCUCUCCAAACCCUCGCACAAACUAUCGCCUCCGCUAGCUAACCCCUCCGACCUAGACACGAUAUUCUUCGACACCGACGACCCCGACGAGGACAACACUUUCAGCCCUCCAGAGCAGCCGGAGGGCUUCGUCCCACCGCCGUCGUUCGACGAGGGCCCGCCGAUGUCAGAGGAAGACAUCGCCCGGGCCUACGAGGAGGUCUACGGACCGGCCUACAGCGGGGAGUCCUUUCUGGGCAACGAUGUGUUCGUGAUGGACCCAAAGGUGAAGAAGAAGAAUAUCCAGAAGGAGAAGGUGAGGGAUGGGUUCGAGGAGAGAGUUGUCCAAGUUCGGCGGGUGACCAAAGUCGUCAAGGGAGGCAAACAGCUGAAUUUCAGGGCAAUUGUGGUGGUUGGGGAUAAAAAGGGCAAUGUUGGGGUCGGCGUUGGUAAGGCGGCGGAAGUCGUUACGGCCGUGCAGAAAUCGGCCGUUAAUGCCAGAAGGAAUAUAACUGCCGUUCCCAUGACCAAGUACAAGACAUUUCCGCACAGGGCUGAGGCAGACUAUGGGGCAGCAAAGGUGAUGCUGAGGCCGGCAUCCCCCGGUACAGGAGUCAUUGCUGGGGGAGCUGUGAGGAUCGUGCUCGAGAUGGCUGGUGUUGAAAAUGCUCUUGGGAAACAAUUGGGCAGCAAAAACGCCCUCAACAAUGCGCGGGCAACAGUUGUUGCAGUCCAGAAGAUGAGGCAGUUCAAGGAGGUCGCUGAGGAGCGUGGCAUCCCCAUGGAAGAAUUAUGGAAGUAA